UACACAAUAUGAAAGAAGGACACACCCUUGAAACAAGAUGGCGGAAUUUUUAUGGCUGUCCAAGUCAGGAAUCUAGUAACGAUGGCAAAAUGGAUUGAGUUUGGAAAUAUAAACAGGAUUGAAAGGACUUUCCAUAAAUUCCAAAAGAACUGAUUUAUUUAACAAUACUUUGCAUGAGUAAAAACUUAUGCAAACAUUAUAAGAAACCGCAAACUUCGUCAUACAGGAGUAAGGGAGAAUUUGGAACACUUCUCAAACUUGCAUAGACCUAUUUGGAAUUUAAAAUGGCACAGAGAAGUUCCGGGAUGUCUAUCGACCCGGAAACGCGCUUUACCAAGUUGGACAAAAUAGGAAAAGGUUCAUUCGGAGAAGUGUUCAAAGGAAUUGAUAAUAAGUCGCAGCAAGUGGUUGCCAUCAAGAUUAUAGACUUAGAAGAAGCUGAAGAUGAAAUAGAGGAUAUCCAACAAGAAAUUAUGGUCUUAUCACAAUGUGAUAGCCCCUUUGUCACAAAAUACUACGGGUCCUAUCUCAAGGGGAGUAAGUUAUGGAUCAUUAUGGAGUACUUGGGUGGGGGCUCAGCAUUGGACCUGAUGAAGGCUGGACCAUUCUCAGAGUCAGACAUCGCCAUUAUAUUAAGAGAAAUCCUCAAAGGACUAGAGUAUCUACAUUCCGAGAGGAAAUUACACAGAGAUAUCAAAGCUGCCAAUGUGCUGUUAUCAGAGAAUGGAGAUGUAAAAUUAGCAGACUUUGGUGUGGCAGGACAGCUGACCGAUACCAUGGGCAAACGUAACACAUUUGUAGGCACGCCGUUCUGGAUGGCUCCAGAAGUGAUAAAACAGUCAGCGUAUGAUACAAAGGCUGAUAUAUGGAGCUUGGGCAUAACUGCCAUUGAAUUAGCCAAGGGCGAACCCCCCAACUCGGAGCUUCACCCGAUGAGAGUGCUAUUCCUUAUACCUAAAAAUAAUCCCCCUCAACUGACGGGAAACUACAGUAAAAGUUGCAAAGAAUUUGUAGAACAGUGUCUGAAUAAAGAUCCCAAUAAUAGACCACAAGCAAAAGAAUUAUUACGACAUCCAUUUAUCCGACGAGCAAGAAAAACGACAUAUCUAACAGACCUUAUUGACCGAUAUAAACGGUGGAAGAUGGAAAAAGGAAACGAUGUCGACAGUGACGACAGCGAUAGUGAAGGAGAGAUAGAUGAGAAUGAUAUGCAGGUUGAUUGGAUCAUGACAAUGAAGGAAGCUGAUGUGGUCAAGCAGCAGCUGAUGGCCAAUAUUAAUGGUCAAGAUAAGGGACAGGGUAAAAUGUACCCUAGCUCAGGAUCGGUCCUCACUAAAGUGGGCCAAGAUCUGAUACGGAGCGCCACGCCGCCCCUAGACAUCCCCGUGGAGGAGGCGGCGGCAGACUAUCCCAUUGACGACGAUAACAUGAUACAACCCCCUCCAGUAUCGUCAGCUGUGACAUCAGGGAAGCGACCCGCCCCUCCGGCCCCGCCCGGUGGGGGGCAGGACGACUCCACUCGGCAUUCUAACUAUGAGAAACGGCCUGCCCCUGCACCUCCUGAUAACAGGACCGCAGUAAAUGCCUCACAUGAUGAUGUUAUUGUAAACAAUGGAAGUAAAAUCCCAGCCCCUGCCAGCAGAGGGACUGAAGAAUCUAAUGUAAUGCACGCAGGAAAUCUACGAGGGAAAAAUAUGGGGAGUGAUCCAGAUUUUACUCGAGAUCGCCCAAAUUCUUCUCAUAUGCACGCAUCUCCAGUACAUAAGGGACCCAUCAUACAUAGCCGGGCGGAGUCAGCCCCGGCCCUAAACACUGACCGGAGGGAACCUACGGGGGUAGUACACCUGCGUAGUAGCUCUGAUAUCACGCCUCCAUUAGUGUCCCCCUCCAAACCUAACUACUAUGCCCAGCAUCCCUCCUCAAACGUCGCCUCAUCUCCUGGCCACGCCCCCAACAACCAUCAAUACCGUGACCAGCAACAACGCGAACAACAACGACAAUUAUCUCGACCCAAAUCCCAGUAUGAUAUGCCUAGUAGCAAUAAUCACCAAUCCGACCAACAUAUGGACCGGUUCUCUCAAGUCAAGGAUCUAUCACAUGGACCUUAUGGUGGAUAUUAUAGACCCCAGGCCCCUCAGCCUCCACGGCCCGUGUCGAUGCCCGAUAUCCCUCGUCUGUCACCCAGUCUCACAUCAACAGUUGUUCCGUUACUUUCAAAGUUAAAGGAAGAUUAUAAGGAGGAAUAUCGUCGUAAUGGUCGGCCUAUUCAGAGAACCGAAGCAGUGGAUGAACUCAGGAAUGCCUUUGAGCUGGCGGAAAAAUCUUGUCCGGGCAUCACGGAUGAUUUAGUGGCAGGACUGAUGGGAAGGUUAGCCAUGUCACACAUGUCUGAACAAGAUAUCAGAAGGGCAGUUGAUAAGGUCAAAAGAUAAGGACCGUCCAUGCCAGUGAAGUGCUUUUCUUGAACUAUCUUUGCAAACUUGUGCGUGGCUUCCAGUGUAGUACAACAACGCUUGGUUCAGCCAUUAGAGAUCAUUCCCAGGUUAUCUGCUGUUCGGCAACAUGUGACCUCGCAUCUGCCUCCCAGCCUCAAUAGGCCAUGUGACUUAUCAUUUUGUCUGCCAUGUGGCACAGGUCAUCAGACUUGUGGUAUAAACAUACUAAAAACAUAGAGACAUUUUUCAUUUGAAUGGGAAACUUUUUUUACCAAAAAUAAAUAAAUGUGUUGUUGGUUUAUAAGCCAUGGACAGACAAGCAAAGUGCAAAAUUUCUAUGUGAUACUUAAAUAUAGAUGUAUGGAUGAGGGAUGAAUGGAUAUUGAAGAUAGGAUGACCGGGUGCUUUUAGAGACCUACUGAUGGAUACAUAGUGCAUCACAGUUUUAUGACAUUCGAUUAUGGAACAGUACUGUGUCCCGACCAAUCAGUGAUGCUGUUACAUGUGUCUCAUCCUGUAUUUAGCCAAUCAAUGGCAGCCAUUUAAAUGAAUUUCCCAGUUUUCAGAUCUGUUGCAUAAUGUUGAUGUUGAAUGUUGGAUGUUUAUCUCAAGGAUCAGAUCAAUUCAAGAAUCCGAGGUCUUGGAUAAAAAAAAAUUAAAUACCAUUUAACUUAAGUAAAAUACUAUGUAUGGGGAAGUGUUUGCUUUGAUUUUACUUUCAGGCUUUCGACCUGCAAGGGAGAAUGAUUGAUUCUGCAAUGACAAGUGCAUGAUGCAGCAGAUACUACAUACAUGUUGUACAGGUUGAAAAGAACUGAGAAUGGUGUUGAUGAAAGGCGAAUGUUUUACUUUGCAAAACUUUCCUAGUAGACAUUUUGCUGCUGAUUUUCAAUUUGUAUUUUUUUUUUAUCUCAGGCAAGAUAUGUUUUAGGGCACUAUAUAUGUGUUUUUCAUACUUUCCUUUCUAAUUUGAAAUCCGAACAUAAAGAUUAUUUUUUCAAACUUUGAAAUAUCUUUACAUGCAUGAAAAGAGAAGAUCAGAAAAUUAAAGAGAUUCAUGGAAUAGUUCUAUUGUAAGAUGGUGUGCUUCUCUGUGGAAGAGUAGGUCAUGAACAAUAAGAUCUGUCCAUAUGGAGAGUUUUCUCUUGUUGUUCUAAAAGGCCAAACUCCAUUAAUUACUGUGGAUGUAUACCAUUUGUUGUAUCAGAGUUGUGUAGUGUAACAUUAAAUUUUAGGAGGUGGGCACAUUAAUGAAUAGGGACACCCACAAUACAUGUACAGUAAACUCCACAUUUCACGAAGUCUGAUUUAACGAUAUACCGCAUUUCACGAAGUCUUUAAAAAUCCCCUACUGAGCCUCUAUAUAAACCUUUGUAAAUUAAUCCUGUAUUCACGAAGUCGCUAUGUACGAACUAUCGCUUUGUGCGAUAUGGUGUGGGGGUCCCCACGGGAUAAUUUACCUGUAUGUAUGAACUGUGAAAACAACUCAUUAACCCUACCCGAUAUAAAUCGCUGUAAAAACAAGUCACUGUUCAUUUGUUUGUCACUUUAUACACGAAGGAAGGUGUCAAAAUGGCUACUCUGAAAAAGAGAAAUAUAUUGGAUCUUCAAACGAAACACCAAAUUUUGAUUGAUGUCGACAAAGGAAUUCAAUAAUAAAAAAAAAACAUAACGGAGGUAAAUAAUAAUUAAAAUGUAACACAAGUUUAACAAAAUGUCCAGUGAUUGUUGUUUUUAAAUACUGAUCAUACAGUUAGUGUUUACACAUUUACGCUAGGCCUAGCUAGCCAGCUGGUGAACGGUAUAUAUAUCGAGACUAAUUUUAGACAGGGAGGACUGGUCGUGUUUCACGAAGUCCGGUUUCUACGAAGUUGUUUUCAUUGUCCGACUGACUUCUUGAAAACCGGAGUUUACCGUUCCUUACUCUGACAUCACCAUGUGAUCUGGAGCGGGAUUUUCUGUAAUGAUACUGUAAUUAGCACUGUCAUCGUGAAAUAUGUGAUGUGACAAAAACAAAAACAAAAGAAAAGAUUACCAAUAGAAUUAUAUUUACACAAUAAAAUUGAUAAUUAGCAUGUAAAUUGGUAUAUUAAUUAGGAAAGAUGAAAGUUUUUUUUCUUCCAGUGUGAGUCUUACACUGUGAAAUAAAGGCAUGUGAUGAUAUGGCUGAAAUUUCAAAGUUAUAAAACUUGGUGUGAUGCACAAUGGAACUUACAUUAGGAGGUCAUUUAAUAUUGUUGUUUCUGAUUUCUCAUGUUCCAGUGAAUAUUGUUGUUUAAUUAAAACAGUUAUGCAUGUAUCUGUACCUUCAAACCUUCACCAUGUCUGGUUUCUGUGAACCUCUAUCAGUUUUCAUUAUAGGAAUAGAUGUACAAUAUUUAACAUGUAUUUAUUUUCAUCAAGGUUCAAGAAUUCUUAAUAUUUAUAUGAAUUCUGUUAUAGUCUGUUUCAGAUUUGUAACUGAUGUUGGGUAUAGUCUGUUUCAGAUGAUGGAUCAGUGUCAGAGCAUCAACUAUUUUACCAUUUUUGAUUAUUCUUCUUCAUUAAGAGUUACGAAUGAAUAUUUGAUGUGUGAUAUUAUACUUAAAAUAGAUUGGUUUGAAUUGUUUUUAAAUUGUAUUAUACCAACAGAAUCAGUUUUAAUGCUAUUAUACAAGUGCUACGUAUUUAAUCUCCUGAAACAGACUAUACUUAAUUUUUUGUAGUCUUUGUGUUCCUUGUUACUCUGCAUACCACAGGUUGAGUAUGAAUACUUUCAAAUAAGAAAGUAAACCAAUACAGACUCCCAGUUAUAUAUAUUAUAUACAUAUAUAUAUAUAUAUAUAUAUAUAGUUCUUGUAUCAUUUCACAUUCCCUGUCUCUAGUGUUAUAUUUAUAAUCAGAAUUUGAAAUAUUUACUUCACAAAAGGUUCAAUAAUUGCCAAAAGUUUCCUGAUAGUUUUUUUGAGAAUGAGUGUUGAUGGGAUUAUAUUGCUGCAGUUUUAGUAGAAUGAGUGAGGUCAUGGGGUUAUCAUAACUUAUUCACCUAGAUAAAUUUAGUUAGAGAAUCAGUCUCGGUUUCUAUAUAAAUAUACAUCAGAAAAUCUUCUUUUUUUUCUUCUUCUUCUUACCUUACAACACUCCACUUACCUCCCUUUGACCACAGGAAUAGAAAAAGUAUGUACCACAGACAUUAUUUACCAAUUUCAUUAUUUAAAGAUUUUUUUGGCUUAGGAUCAUUCACUUAGACUUAAGUUUGUUUUUGGAAUCAGGUCUUCAGAUCGUUUCCUUAUCAUUAAGGAAAAAUCUCCUGCCCUUUGUAUCAUUUUUUCGGCUUGAAGUUAAUAUUCAUGACUUGUGGUCAUUCUCUUGAUUUCUAGGUCAUUUUCCUGACUGAAAUAUCUUUCAUUUAGUUAUAUGAUCGUUAUCCCAGACCUAUGAUCUGACAAUGUUAUCCCUGGCCUAAGAUCUAGGGUAUUUAUCCCUGGCCCAAGAUUUAGGAUCUUUAUUUAUACCUGGCCUAAGAUCUAGGAUCUUUACCCCUGGCCUAAGAUCUAGGGUAUUUAUCCCUGGCCUAAGAUCAAGGAUCUUUAUUUAUACCUGGCCUAAGAUCUAGGGUAUUUAUCCCUGGCCUAAGAUCUAGGGUAUUUAUCCCUGGCCCAAGAUUUAGGAUCUUUAUCCCAGACCUAUGAUCUAGGAUAGUUAUCCCUGUCCUAAGAUCAAUGAUCUUUAUCCCUGGCCUAAGAUCUAGGGUAUUUAUCCCUGGCCUAAGAUCUAGGGUAUUUAUCCCUGGCCUAAGAUCAAUGAUCUUUAUCCCUGGCCUAAGAUCUAGGGUAUUUAUCCCUGGCCUAAGAUCUAGGGUAUUUAUCCUGGCCUAAGAUCUAGGGUAUUUAUCCCUGGCCUAAGAUCUAGGGUAUUUAUCCCUGGCCUAAGAUCUAGGGUAUUUAUCCCUGGCCUAAGAUCUAGGAUAGUUAUCCCAUGCCUGUGAUCUGUAUAACCCAGGUCUUUGGAUUAUUUUCCCAGGUGUAUGAUCAUGGGUUUGGUUUUAAGAUCAUCACCCCCUGCUUAGGAUUAUGCUUUUUACCAAAGGAUAAUUCCCCUAGUCAAAGGAUCAUUUCUAUGGCCUUGGGUACUCCUGACCUCAGAUAUGCAUACUUACUGACUUUGUUGUAUGAUUGAGGUUAGUCUCUGAACGAUUGAGGUUAGUCUCUGUUCGAUUGAGGUUAGUCUCUGUACUGUGAACUGCUGGCGAUCAUGAGAAUCCGUGUUACAUUCAUCUUGAGAAAUUGUCCGUGUUUGGCAUUACCUGUUGUGUAAAAGAGAAAUGUUAAAUGAAUUUACAACAAACCUGUUGAUGUAUAUAUAAUAAUCCUCAAUACUAUGUACAUAGCGAAACUCACACAAUCAUUCCAUAUGGGCGCAAGAUUUGAUGUCUUUCAGCACUUGUACAGUCUUGAAUUGCAGGGAAGAGUAUACUACUAUCAUUAUUAGUACUUGUAACCCCUCUUACCUAAUGCUUAGACAUCUACGUCACACUUCACUCACUUAUAUGUCCAGUAAAUCUCUUUAGUGGCAGAUGUGCCUUCUAUCUAACUUGGUAUAUAAAAACAAGUGAUGGCCUCUUGGCUUUGUCUCAAUGGGGACAAUAUCAUCCUCUCCAGCACGCAAUACAAUUCAGAUAGAUAUUGGGCCUCGAUUAGAAAUGCAUCUUUUCUUCCUCAUCUUGUUAGCCAGAUCAUAUUCUCGGUGUAUUGAAGCUAGACCAAAAGGGCUUACAUGUUAAUGAUUACAUGUCCUAGUACCUCGAGCAACUGUCAGUUGAGUUUACUAUAUGUACAAUGUACAGUUGGCAUUCCUUUGUCCCAAAAUAUAUUACCUUGAUUGAGGGAAUUAGAAAAGAUUGUGUGCUUUAAGUUCAACUAAUAGAGAAACUUUGAGAAAGAGAGAGUGGAGUUAAGUUUGAAAUUGAAAGUUAGAUAAGAAAAGAUUGAGAGAAUGUGGGAAUGUUUUAAGGAAUUAUGAAAUGUAAGAUAAUUGAUGGAGAGAGAGAUUGAAAGGAAAAGAAUGAAAUGAUAGCAUGAUCUGAGGAAGGAUGGCCAUUGUGAAAUAUGGUGGCAAAAUGAAAGAAGAAAACAUGAAAUUAGGGUAAGAUUGAAAAUGUAAGAAGUGAUGAUGUCAAGUGUGAAAAAUGUUGAAGGAGAGAAAAUGUUAGAAAGAGCCUAGAGAGUGGACGAAACACCAGGAACAUUUGUGGUAGAGAAGUAUUAGGGUUAAAGUCUGGUCAAUUAUAUUGAUGAGAUAUAAUUUGUAGACGUCUUUGUAAUAUUGCCUUCCUACAAAUUCGGAUUCUGACAAAAGAUAAGGUUUCCACAUCACUAUUUCACUUCAUUUCAUGUUGAUUCAGUAAGUUUUUUCUUUCUUUUAUCAGAAUCAUUGAUUAAUCUCAGUAUUAAAUCCAAAGUACCAAAUCUUUCUGAUGUGAAAACAUUCAAGAUUGAUUUGUUUUAAACAUGUUAAAUCAUGACAAAACCUUAUUUGGUAUUGAUAAUGACAACACCUUUUUAAAAAAAACCUAUGAUUUGCAAUAAAAAUAUCCAAAGAGUUGACCUGACAAUGCAUCAUUUUGAUGACCGCUUUAAUUUAUAGAUCAUGAAAAUUAACAUGUCAUAUCUUAAUUGUAUAUCCUCGUUUACAUUUACCCCUUGUCAUAUGGAGAAAAAAAAGUUAUGAUAAAUCUGUAACAAUUUUAAGGGAGGUAACUCUUGGCCACAAAAUGUUACCUGGUGUUUAAUGAAUUUCCGAUUAUUAUUUUGGAAUAAUCAGGUAGGUAAAUAUUUUAUUUGGUUCAUGAUAUUUUUUCAUACAAAGUCUGCUGUUUGAAAGCAGAUGUUUAAUAAAUUAUAGCCAUUGGCUGAGAACAUGCUGGAGGAAUAAACGAAGACUCGGUGUCUUUUCUUGACCGAGUUACUACAAGUAUUGAAGAUGUUCAGACUCUGUAGCAUGUGUAGAUGCAUUUAGGAUUUAGGGUGGUCUGUGCAUGUUUUCCAAUUUCCCCUGAGGAGUCACUCACCAAAUUACAAGGGUGGAUGUUCAAAUAUUUUUGAUAAGACAACUUAGAAUUGCACAAAAUGUAAAGGUUAAACUAACUCUGGUUUAUAAACUUAUAAAACUUAUCCGAAGUAAAAGAAAAACUACUUUAAGUUCUGUUUUGUUUACUGUACUACUUUGUUUAAGAUGUAUAUACUAGAUUUCAACAAGUGUUCAGAUAACAGCAGGGGUAUUAUGCAAUUUCAUUUGUCCAUAUACAGAUAUAUGGAUGUGUGAGAUGUACAAGAUGUAUAAUACAUUACAUUUAUCUAUAUAUAUGUAUAUACCUUGAUUUUGUACAGAGUAAUUGUGUGUCCAGAUCUAGGCUUAUUUUCUGUUAAAUCUUGAGAAGAAGUAGUGAGAGGGUGUGAGUUAUAGAAUCCAUACCGUGGAUAACGUUGUUGUAGGUUUAGUGAGCUGAGGAAUGAAGAUUGUCUUUUUUUUCUGUAUGACAUUUUCUGCACUAAGACUCAAUACAGAGCAUACUGCAUAUCAGGAUUUCCUAUGUAUUUAUAUACAUAACACUGGUCUUCUCAGAAAAGAGUUACUGCCCUUUAAUUUCAAAUUAAGAUAAAUGGCCAAUGUGUGAAUUGUCUUUCAAGGUGAAGUCAGUGCUCUUUUAGCACAUUUUUUUUAUUUGAAAAAUUGAUCUUCAUUCUGUUUAUAAAAUUGUUAAAAUUUUCUUAGAAUCACCAUGGAAAUAGUUUACUUUGCCAUGAUUUCUUAACAUGGAACUCUUUUCUUUGAAAACCAAUAUUAGUAUGAAUGACUAACAGUGAUGGAUGACCUUAUGAUAAACUUUUUAUGUAUAGUUUCACUGAAUAUGUUGUUAUUAUUGCAAACUUGAAUGUAAGAUAAAUUCAGUUGCUCCAAAUUCACUAUUUUUAUACAGGAAUCUAGGUGUGAAUUAAUUUCAUAGCAACUUGUUUAACUUGUGAUAUACUAUGAUAUAUGAAAUUAUAAAACAUAUAUAAGAAAAAUA